AUGACUUCUGCAGUUGAAGUAGUUGGUACCGAAUUAUUAAAUGGAUCAACAGACACAACAAAAUUUGAUUCCAAUCAGUUAAAAGGCAAAUAUAUUGGACUUUAUUUUUCAGCACAUUGGUGUGGUCCAUGUCGUAAUUUCACACCAAAAUUAGCUGAAGCAUAUAAACAAGCAAACAGUGAUACAUUUGACAUUGUAUUCGUGUCAGGUGAUACAGAUCAAGCAUCGUUCGAUGAAUACUACAAAGAAAUGCCAUGGAAAGCAAUACCAUUUGCGGAUCGUACUUUAGCUGAGAAAUUGAAUGAAAAAUAUGAAAUUCAAGGUAUUCCUUCGUUAAUCAUCUUAAAACCAGAUGGGAGCGUUCUAACAGCAGAUGGUGAUGGUGAAUUAAGAAAAAAGGGCAAAGACGCUAUUCUCAAAUGGUCAAAAGGUCAAUCUAUCUAUUGGUCACGUGAAGCUAAUGCAGGUGAACAUACAUGGAAUAAUGUUUAUUGUGAUAAUUGUGACAUGAAACCAAUCGUUGGUGUUCGUUAUGGAUGUGCACAGUGCAGUGAUUAUGAUUCAUGUCAACAAUGUAAAGAGAAUAAUUCACAUGAACAUGAAUUAAUGAAAUAUUUUAUACCCAAAACAAAAUAUAGUUUGUCAGAAUUAUUUGGAGGAAAUGAUGUGGAAUUGUUAGAUAAAAAUGAUCAAAAAAUUAAAUUAGAUUCAUUGAAAGAUAAAUAUUUGGGUUUAUAUUUUUCUGCUCAUUGGUGUCCACCGUGUCGUCAUUUCACUCCACAAUUAGCUGAAAUUUAUAAACAAUCUGUUGCUGCUAAUCUCCCAUUUGAUAUCAUUUUUCUUUCCAGUGAUGAAGAUCAAGAGUCAUUCAAUGAAUAUUACAAAGAGAUGCCAUGGAAAGCAGUUCCAUUUGAAAAUCGUAUGAUUAAACAACGUUUAAGUAUUUAUUAUGGAAUUCAAGGUAUUCCAUCAUUGGUGAUCAUUAAACCAUCUGGUGAAACAUUGACAAUAAAAGGACGACGUGAUAUUGAUCGAAAUAAAUUGAAAGCAAUUGAAGCAUGGGUAAAAGGUGAAAAAGUAAAAAAUGAGCCAGUAAAACCAGAAGACUUUGUCUGGAGAAAUGUCACUUGUGACGGAUGUCGAACAGAACCAAUAGUGGGUUUGAGAUAUUAUUGCAAAACGUGUGGCAAUUAUGAUUUGUGUGCGGCAUGUAAGGAGAAAGGACACGAACACGAAUUAAAAUUAAUUGAUAUGCCAAAAGAAGAUGAUGAUGAGGAUUAA